AUGGCAGCUUGGACGCGUUUCAAGUUGCUUCUGGCUAUGGUCACCACUCUGGUGACCAUGGUCGCUGCCUCGGCUGAAUGCCAUGACAUCGAGACGGUCUUUCUUCAGGACCCCCACACUGGGGAGCAGUACCAGUUUGGUCAAGUCAAUAUUUUGCCUCGCGCCUUGUUUGGUCGUGCUGUUCGCGCUUCUGAACUGAUCACUGUCACUGUCACGCACACUACCUGCGGUCAUGAGGAGCCGACCAUAACUGUCACCACAGAUGUUCCUUGCACCACUGAGCAAUCUACUACACCUCUCACCAUGGAGUCUACUACUCCCGUUCCGGCUCAGGUCACUACCCCUGUACCUGGUGUUUCUCAGUCUACUGUGCCUGUUACAACUCAGACUUCUGUGUCUAACGCCCCCGAGGUGUCUUCUCAGCCGACUGCACCAGUUUCCUCCCAGACUCCAGUGCCUGCCACUACUACUCAGGCUCCUGUGUCCAGCACUCCUGAGGUGACUACGCAGUCAUCUGUGCCUGCUGGCCCUCACAGUUCUGUUCCCGGAACUACUGAAGUAACUACCAAGUCUUCUGUGCCCGGUACAACCUAUACUCCUACACCUGGUACCACUUUUGUGACUUCGCAGUCUUCCGUACCCGGAACUCAGACUCCAGUGCCCAGUACUACUGAGGUGUCCACUGGAAGCAGUUCUGUAACCAACGCUGAAUCCUCCACGGUUACUGCCACUGCCACCGAGUCGAUUUCUUCAUCUCUUCCCAAUGCUACCAGCGUGGCUCCUGUUUCUGCCACCACUGCUGAGGGCCACACCACUUCUGCAAUCCCCGGCACUGCUACCGAGCUCACCACCGAGACGAUCUCGUUGCCUUGCUCUUCCUCCUCGGAAGUGUCCCCUGUGCCUGGUACCACCGAUAUUCCUGGAGCUACUUCUGAAGUAACUACUGGGUCCAUUACAUCUUCUCGUCCUACCAAUGUGGUUCCUGUCCCUGGUACCACUGGAAUCACGUACACAAACUCAACUCUUCCCCAGGCUCCUAGUACUGUAACUGAUGUGACCACAUAUUACACCACGUCUCCUUGCCUCAACUCAACUGAGCUGGCCCCUACCCCAGUGACCACUGAGAUCACCAUCACCAUUGAGGUUCCUUGCACCGAGGCUACCAAGUGUCUCAGCACCAAGGUUCUCACCACCAGCACCCUGCCUUCGGAGAUAACUGUUCCCGUUCCUGUCCCGGUUUCCACUGAAGAGGUCACUGUCACAGUUGAGAUCCCUUGCACUGAGACCACCAAAUGCAUCAGUACCAAGGUGUACACCACCAUCCCUGCGGAGACUACUACUGUCUCUGUGACUCCGAUCCCGGUCACAGCUCCUGUUCCGCAGACCACCACUGAGUUGGUGACUACUGUGCUCCAGCCCACUGCUCCCGGUGUCCCUCCACAGGAGACAACCGAGGUGGUGACUACGGUGAUCCAGCCAACUGAGCUGGUCCCACUUCCGCACACGACCAUGAAGCUUGUGACCACUGUUGCACAGCCGGCCAUUCCUGGUGUUCCUCCACAGGAGACAACUGAGGUGGUGACUACGGUGAUCCAGCCAACUGAGCUGGUCCCACUUCCGCACACGACCACGAAGCUUGUGACCACCGUUGUACAGCCAACUAUUCCUGGUGUCCCUCCACAGGAGACAACUGAGGUGGUGACUACUGUGAUCCAGCCAACUGAGCUGGUCCCACUUCCGCACACGACCACGAAGCUUGUGACCACCGUUGUACAGCCAACUAUUCCUGGUGUCCCUCCACAGGAGACAACUGAGGUGGUGACUACUGUGAUCCAGCCAACUGAGCUGGUCCCACUUCCGCCCGCCACCACUGUCGAGGCUACCACGGUGGUCAAGGUUCCUGCUCCUCCUGCCCAGCAGGUUACCACUCUGGCUACCACUACUGUUCCCAAGCCCGCGGUGACUGAGGCCGAGGGUACCACAACCGAGUCCAAGGUUUCAGUUGCACCUCCUCAACAGCCUACCCACACCCAGGAGGAUACUGUCCCACCAUCUCCCCGUGGUACUUCUUCCAGUGGCACUAACUCCCCUUCUCCUGUUUUCAACAGUGCCAAUGCCGCUGGAAUCAUGGACAGCCGUCUUUUUACCUUGAGCAUUGUGGUUAUCCUCUCUCAUAUCUUUCACAUGAUUCUGUGA